AUGGCAAAAAUGAGUCUCUCUUCCUACCUGUUAAUACUAACUUUUUCUCUGUUUUCUCAAGGCAUUUUACUUUCAGCAUCCAAGUCCAUAAGAAAUUUAGAAGAUGACAUGGUAUUUAAUACAUUCAGGCUGGGGAAAGCCUUUCAGAAGGAAGAUACUCCACAAAAAUCUGUUGUCGCUCCUUCUCUGGAACAAUAUAAAAAUGAUGAGAGCAGUUUCAUGAACGAUGAGGAAAACAAAAAUUCAAAGAACACAGGCUCCAAACAUAAUUUCUUAAAUCAUGGUCUGCCACUGAAUCUGGCUAUAAAACCUUAUCUUGCACUAAAAGGAUCUGUAGCUUUUCCAGCUGAGAAUGGAGUUCAGAAUACUGAAUCAACACAAGAAAAGAGAGAAAUUGGGGAUGAAGAAAACUCAGCUAAAUUUCCUAUAGGAAGGAGAGAUUUUGACAGUGAGUAG